CCUUCAUUGUCAAUCUACUUAUGCAGCAGGAUGCAAUUUAGAGGAUAAUUGUCAGUGUUCCCGCGAAAACGAGAGAACUGCUCGUAGGCGUGUUUCUUGGAUGAUUCUCUGAAAACACACUUUCUUUAGACAAAGAAAUUCUUUGAGAUAUCUAAUAAUCGGUAGCUGCAGGACUAUGCAUAGUUGUAUGAUUAUCUAGUUGGGCGAAUAACAGGAUUAUUGAAUAAAUAAACUAUUCUGAUUUAAUUUGAUCUCAGAAGAAAAUGACGGAGUUUCUCCUUUAUGUUUUCGUUGCUCUGGCGGUCGCAGCGGUGCUAUAUCUCUUCUGGUAAUUCUUAUUAUGCACACAUUAUCAUCUGCCAGUCGUAAAACGAGCUUACUUAGCGUAAUCAUGAUUGCAAGUUUCUGUGAGCAAUGGGCGAAGUUAGCAUUGAUCCUUGUGUUCCUUUUAUUGAGCAGUGUUAGCAUUGUGGCGGACCCGUUCCUCUCGAUUAUGUGCGACAGAUUAUUCUAAAUAAUCUGAAGUGUUCACGUCCAAACUAGCCCCCUGAUGUGGUUCCCCAGGGGAAGGAUGCGCUGGGAACCGGAGACACUUGCUAGACAAAACACAUGCGCGGACAUGCUUGAACAGGCGCCGCAAUUGAGCAGAAGCCUGAGAAGUGUUAGCCUUGGCGGGGCGCGUUGCUGCGGUGCGGCGAGCCCUAUUAGUGCUUGCCGUUUGCCUCCGGAGGACAUGCGGGCGCCUGGUAGGGGUGGAAGCGCCUGCGGGCCUAUCUUCAGGCGGAAGGCAUAGGAAGGCACUUGCCACGCCGUGGGAAUUUGUUCGCUGGGGUCUGAUGCAUUCAGAGGCCACGCCGGUCCGCGGGGGCUCAGAGGUGUAGGGCGUUGCUCGUGGGGCGCGGCGCUGCAAGCAAGUGACGCGACUGCACGCAAGCAGGCGACGCGACUGCAUGAGGCCGCCGCCGCGCGCCAUUGGCUGGGCAGCGUGGGGCCUGGGCUUGGGUGAGAGGAGAGCCAGCGCAGCGCCAAAGCGGACGCCUCAACAAACUUCCAAAAUCAAAACUCACGCGCCAACUGCGUGGCUUCACCUUCAGGGCUUGGGGGAAAGGAGAGCGGGGCGCCAAACAAGUAAGUGGACGCCUUAAAUUUCGCAGCUCAUGCCGUAACUUUCACAAUUGACUCACUCCCUACUCCUAACUUUCAGAAUUCAUUUCCUAACUGCAGCCCCAAAAGUCCACAGACAGACAAGCUCACCGGAGCAGGAUGCUGCCUGAAGGUGUAGGGCUUUGCUUUUGCUUGGUCUGAGAAUUUUGCUUAUUUGAAGGCGCGCGCUUUGAUAGAUAUGAGACGCCCAGCCUGCUUUUUGUUCAGUGGCUGCCUCUUGAAAUAAAGAAACGCGCCCGCGGGCCUUUCUGACUCCCAGCGGGAUCGGAUUGCUGUCGCCGUUUACUUAGUUGGCCUUUGUGAGAAACAAAGACCAAGACGGCAUAAAGUGGGCGCACACGCUUAGACCCAGAACGAGUGAGCCGCCUGCCCUUAUCUUGAUGGCCAGAGCAAGCGACAACGCUUGUGGUUCGAAGCUGGCGGAUACAUUGCGCAACAUGGACGCCCACCAGCGGGUGACUGACUCAUCGAUAGGGCGGCAGAUGGCGCGCAUUAUGUCACUGCUGUCGACAGAGCAGGCGCUCGCGCUGGGGUGUCGAGUAAGGGUGAGGCACUGACUGAGGCUGUCGCUGGAGCGUUGGCGCCUUAUGCAGCAAGAGUCGGCCAGUCUUGCUCGCUUGUGUGCUUGUUGGCUCGUUGGCGUCGAGCUUCAAGCUGCUGCGCCUGUCAUCUGCACGGCCCUCGAUGGGUCCAGGAUGGAGAUGGACCAGGGGCGACGCUGCGGCCGCCGGGCUGUGUCUGGGGCUCCCUUGGGUGUCGAGGUCCCGCACCCAGCGACCCCCGCCACCUACCGGGGCCCCGAAGUCCAGGCCCCGGCAGCGGCACCGGGGCAAGGGUGACGCCGGUGCAAGGAGUAGGCGCCUGGUUCGCCGCGGGCUCUGAAGUCGGGGCGAUGUGUGAGCGUGGAGCGCUUGCCGCUGUCGCAUUCUACAAGUAGAGCGCAGAAAUGUCUCAUGGGAGUGAAGGGUGGGGAAUGGGGCGGCCAAUGGCGUGGGGAAUGGGAUGGGAAAUGGGGCGGGGAGUGAUUUCUCACCUGAUUUCCCACCUGAAGCUGAAAGCCAUCCCCUUCCGCUUUCUUCGUGGAAAAUAGUCGAAAUCGAAAGAGGUGCUUCCGCCUCAUUUCCCACCUAAUUAAUUUCCCACCUCCCUGGUUGCCCGCCUGUUUUCCCGCCUCGUUCUGGAACCGGUUGGGAACUAGUUGUAGUUGACUUCUUCGGAAAAUGAAACGGCGCGCAAAAUUAUUCGAAUUCAAAUCGGACGGAAAAAAAUGACCGCGGGGCGAAAAUACAUCUGCAUGGAAAAAAAUGACCGGAGGGAAACAAAGGGGGCGCGGGUUAGUUUCUCAUCUCCUUUUGCAGCGGGCUCACACAUGACAUUUGCUGCCUCUUUUCUCACCUCAUUGGCCACCCAAUUUCGCUCAGCAUUUCCCGCCCCAUUUCCCACCCCAUUUCCCACCUAAUUUCCCAGCGCCUAACUUCCCACCUCAUUUCCCAGCUUAGUCAUUCCCUGCUUCGUUAUCAUUUCUCACCCCGCUUCCCACUUCAUUUAUUACCCCGUUUACCACCUCACCUCUACCCAGCCACAGUGAAUCAAUGCGCACCGGCCUCGCUUAAAUUUUUCAAGUGGUUACUGCUUGCGGAUUAAAAAGUACUGGCGACGGAGUUGGCUGGGAGUGCCUACACUCUCUCACUCUCACUCUCACACACCACCGGCGGCCAGCUUGCUCGCUCUGCCUUGUGUUACAUCUGACCACUGCCAGCACGUCUGCGGCUUCGCUAUCGAUCCAGGAGACCCCGCGGCGGCUGCCUUGGUUGUUGCGGCUUCCCGAGCGCUCUCAGAGUAGCUGCACCGCGUCGGAAGAUUCAAAAGCCCGCCCACUUCUGUAAUCCCGUGCGCAAUUCUCUGCCUGUGCCCCAUAUUGUCAGCUGAGGGCCGCGCGCUCUUCGCGCGGUUGGCGCGUGGUUGCGUCUUGUCUUCGAGUUAGGUCAUGGGCCUACUGUGGGCGGCCCGUGGGUGUCGCGCUUGCUGUCUGCUUGCUUCGUGUUUGGCUCGUGCUUUUCCGGGUGAAGCUCGUGAGCGAGGUGCGUGCACCAUGCCAAUUCUGAGCAGAUGGCCCCUGCCCGUGCCCCUUGGGUGAAGGCUGUAGAUGUAGUCUACUGCCGACGUUGGUUAGCUCAGUGACAUCCUCUGCAUUUGCCGGGCUUUCUUCUUGUCUUCUGGUGGCGGAUUGGGUCCAGCUGUGUCACUCCAUCUGUUUCCCCUCGUUGAGUAUCGAGGAGGGAGCGAGCUCAGCCUAAAGCAGGUGAAGACAAAGAGUCCGCGAGCAGGUUCCGCCGGGUCUCUUGCCGUUUAAGUUCGUGUGCAGCUGGUUCGGCUUCCGUUUUCGUGUGUUGGUUGGUGCAUGGUUGUCGCAUGUUGCUCUGCCCUGCUCUCGCGUGUCUUUUUCUGAUGUGUUCAUCCCUUGACCCUUUUCCCCCGGACGGUGAAACCUGCAAAAAAAACAAACCGGAAGAAUCUGGCAAGGCGUAGCUUCUGGUGGGAUCUUGCUGCGGUGGCCUUGUGGUGGUUGGGUUUUGCAACCCUAACAAACUUCCAAAAUUCAUGUCCUAACAGACUUUCAGAAACUCACGCCCUCACUUUCAAAGUUUGGGCUUUAACUUUCACGGUUCACGUCUUAACCUUCAAAAUUCACGCCUUAUAACUUUGAAACUUCAUGGCUUAUUAACUGUCAGGAUUCAAGCUGUAACUUUCAAAAUUCAAGCCGUAACUCUCAAAGCUCAUGGCUUAACUUUCAAAGUUCUUGCUCAUUGCUCACGCGUCUGAACUUUCAAAAUUCAUGUCGUAACUAACUUCCACAACUCGCUUCCUAGCUAAACUCCCGAAACUGAGUUAUGGCUUAACUUUCAAAAUUCAUGGCCUAACUUUCAAAGUUCACAUCUUAACUUUCGAGGUUCUUUCUUUCAUGUCUUAACUUUCAAAAUUCAUGUCCUAACUUUCCAAAUUCAUGCCCUAAAACUUUCGAAGUUCAUGCCCUAGCCUUCGAAGCUCAUGCCCUAACUUUCCCAAAUCUAGCAUGUCUGAACUUUCACAAUUCACGAGUAUAGCAAAACGCUUUGCUAUGCGCGUUUUUGUUGUGUUGUCGCCGCGGGUGUUGGUUUUCAAAAUUCAAAAUCAAAACUCAAAAUUAAAGCUCAACAAAACUCAAAGUCAGACUUUGUUUGUUUGUUUUGAUGCGCUCCGGGCGACGCGUAUGAUCCCGCCGGAUUUCUUUGUGCUCUGUGUGUGUUGUGCUAUGGUCGUCAUUGCGAUCGACUAUGGUAUGUCUGGUCGCCGCAGUCUCCGCCAGCUGCAGCUUUUGUGGCAUGCCGGGCGAGGUGUGCAGGCGGCGGCGACUGCGCGUAGGUAGCGCCUGGCGGUGAGGUGCGGCCGGGUUUGGUUGACGUUUUUACGGCCUGCGUGCUCUGUUCUUCGCGUUCUCGUUUUGCCUUCGUUCUCUUUGUCUUCGCGUGCUGACUUUACAAUUUAGAUUCUAAAUCAAAAUUCAAAAUUUUCAGAAUCAAAACCAAGGCAAAACUUUCCAAGUAAAGAGAUUAUUUGAUUUCAAAUUUUCACCUUCUUUAUCAAGAAAUAAACCACAGGUGGGCAUACCAGGAGAGUUUGAACGAGCCACCGCGAAAAGAAUCUAAAGCUCAGAAGAAGAAAAAAAAGAAGGACCGCACUAUGUGGUCGAUCGGAGACUGAAGGGCCCCAAUCGAUGAAUUUGGAGGCAGGUGGCGGACUGCUUUUUCGCGUCUGCUUUCUUGUCCUACGCUCUCAUUGACAAUGUAACCUCCAGCAAUCCUGUUGUAAAAAAAAAUCGGCUGCAGGCGACAUGGGGCCUAGCGGUAUCAUCGAGGACGCUGCUUCCCUAGUACGUUCUAAGCGGGUCCUGCGGGGAAGUUUCAGCAGCAUGUAGCCCAUCCAUAUACAUAGUCUCUCAUCCACCUCCCAUCCACAUUCUGUCCUCUCCAUGGCGAUCACAUCAAUGAGGAUUUAUGGUUCGCAAGGACUAAGUUUGUUCAUCAUAGUUCCACUAGGGAUUUACACAUCAUAACGUUUGUUCCGUGAUCAUAUGACUCCAUAAUUUCAUGUGGCACGACAGUGUUUACCUGUCAAUAAUAUGUAUAACCUCACUGAUGAAGAGCUGGCAGUGAGCUUGUUCUAGCUUGAAUCUUUGAAACGUGACUUGGAGACACACUCGAAAAUUUUUUUGCGGAGGAAUCAGCAAACUCACUGUACCACGAGUUUUUGACACUCACGUGUGUCAAUUGAGCCACCUUCGGAUGCCGAGAAGUGGAAACUGCAAGCUACCAG